CGGAACCCUGGUCUACCAAUAAUUAAAAUUAAUUUUUUCAUCAGACCACCACGACCACGCAGGCAGAGGCACGAACUCUUCAGAAAGCGUUCAUCUCUUGUUCUUGUUGUAGGCACUAAUUCUACAACAACAACAAGCACGACGACAUCAAGAUCAACACGAUAGUACCUUUGAGGAAAAAGCAAGGUUUUCCACCACCACCAGCACCACAGUAUAGACACAUUACAACGAACAAGAUGUUGUCGUCGAGAACUCUCUCCAAAACCCUCUCGUCUACCCUGUGGUCCUGUGUUUCAUGGACCACGACCGUUGCUGCUUUAAGCCUGAAGAUGGCGCCAGCGCAACAGAGGAUGGUGCCUCGUUCAUCGACUCCGAUAGGUGCUAGAGUGGUCCAGUUGCAACAUGGGAAUGGCCCUGUCGUACAAGAAGGAGAACCAUUUUCGUCUGCUGGCGUUACCUCCGUUACGCACUCAGCCUCAUUUGGUCCUGCGGCUUCAGCUUCAGGCUUCCUACCCCCUUCUGCACGACCUGAAGGAACAUCGACGCAUGGCACACCAACUUCUUACUUGCAUCGGGUUGACGUCUCUCCUCCAGCUGUCUCUCCUCCACGUCAGCUUUCAAUAACAGGAAAUAGCGCGCCAUCAUCUGCUCCUACUUCAUCGAACAAUGUGAUGAGAACAUCAUCGAUCGGUGAUAGAUUGGCAAGUGUACAACGUGUAGACCCAGAAGAUCGGCGAAUGGCUUUGCAGAAGUGUGUUUGCGGAACUGCACACGGUGCUUGCGAACUUACUGCAGCUUCUUUCUGGUUGACUGCGGCAGCAGUGUCACGCAUACUAGAGUGUCCAUUCAUCCCCUUUCUGGAAUCUCUAAAAGAAAAGCUUGGCUUGCCAUUCUUGAAAGAGUAUUUGAAAAGCUGUCAUCACUAUAUUGCCUCUUAUCCAGAUGCCGAGCCCGCGCUGAGGGACAUCCUAGAGCUAAGCAACCUGCAGCCACCCUUUAAUGCCGAUGCCACAAACGCAGGUGGCCUCCAACAAGAAGAACAAGAGAUGAUAGACAUCUUUAUUAAUUCGUUAGAUCGACACUUUGUACAUCCGACAGAGAAACUACGAAACGAGUUUGUGGAACAAUAUCCGAAUUUGCGUUUUUGUUGUACCGGAGAAGAUCAAGAUCACUUCAAACUGAAGGCGACUGCUUGCUGCAGUGUCGCUAUUAUGGUCGGAACAGAAAACCACUAUGUAUCUUCUGUAAGUCCCGACUAGAGAAGAUGACAGUUAUCAUCUCCUACAUCAGAAUACAACAUGUCAGUAGUUGCAGUUCUACUGAUCGUUCCCUAUCUUCGUGGUAAUAUAAUUGCAGCUCAACUUCUACAGAAGUUCGUAUUUUUCGUAUAAGCAGAAGUUGGAGUCGGAAGAUCAGAGUCUUGAGAAAAUUCUCUCAACCUCAUUCUCUAACGCGGCACAAUUAUACGUCUGUGGGGUCGUUUGUGGUACUCAAAUUGGACUCAGCACGUGUCUUGCGUGUGCCGGUCACACAGCAAAGUGCUUGGCGGAGAUGGAGACACUGGCGCGACAGGAUUAGAAUAGGUACAACAGGUCUAUUUUUCUAAAAUAGAAAGUAGAAACUCAAAUAACACCAUACUUCUUUACACACUAGUCAUCCUCAUCUUCAUCGUGAGUAUAAAAGCAGAUGAUGUUGAAAGACAGUUUCUUCGCUUCCAGAUCUAGCACUAACGAUCAGUAUUUCAUCAUGUACCACACUCGCAGUCGCUCGACACGACACGACAUGAUCACAUGAUGUGGUAUUGCUUUGCAUACUCACAUGACUAUCAUCGUUUUCGUUAGUACCCCCCUCAUUUUUAAGAAUCAAACUCAAUAUGUUUAGAAUCUCCUGCUGCGUACAUGAACAAGUGAAUGAGUUUCAGCAUCAUGAACAACGCAAGCACUUGUUCUUGUGAAUACCUCAUAUUACAGCUGGUAGUUCUUUUUCCACUACGUCCACCGGCAUGUCUUCGAUGUCAUCAGCAAAUACUUACUAGUUUGUCCUCUCUGUCUCUGUCAGCAACGCUGGCUAGAAAAUCACCGCAAUUCUGCAGAUGGAUGUUGUUGUUGAGUUAAAAUGAACCUGAACGCCUACUAUUUGAUAAACCAACAUGGCUGCCAGCCACGUUGGUUUUUGGUUCACCACGAUUAUAGAUACUAGAAAGGUUGCAGUUGCUUCUGAAGUUCUUGCACCACAAAGGAAGAACAGCAUGGAUCUGGAUGCAGCAGCAAAUGGAAGACUAGUGAGUAAUGACGAAGAUGUCUGGCGAAUAAUCGGAAGUCUGCAAUAGAGUCUGUCGCGAAGGCUUGGAACGUCAGAAGCUUGUCUUCAGUCUGCGAGUGCCUCAAUCGGUGAAAAA